UUCGACAAUAAUAAGUGAUGGGUUUGAUACAAUCUCUUAUGUGCGCUAUCGUGCUUUGCUUCGAAAGAGUGGUGUCAUGGCUGUGCUGCGCUAUGGUGUUGGUGGUGAUAUUGUUAAUGAUCAUUGUCUUGACGCUAUACGGCAUCACGCUAGGGUAUCACUACGCACAAAAGGAAAUAGCACGUUUCGCUGCCGGUGAAGAAGGAGGUGGGACAGAAAGUGGGUUAUUGCGUGAGGGGGAGGCGCAGCAGCAGGAGAUAGUCGAGCCCCUGGUGCGUCUCGUCGCCGUCAACCGCACGCAGCCGGAGACAUCUGGCGACAUGCCGGGUUCGUUUGAUGUUAGGACAGUGUCAGCGCAGCCAUUGUACCUGGAUUCGACACCAACACCACUUGUUGUUCUAGAAAGUGAAAGGCCAAUAAAAGAAGUGGAAUUAACGCCUCAUGAGAAGGAAUUAGCGUUGAAAUUGAUCGGCCGAUUUCGACGAAUAAAGAGAAAUAACUACACAAGUUAUUCACCGCCUACGUCAAGACAUGAAGACUCUAUUACGACGUCAGCAGCUUAAUAACUAGACAAUCAUUUAAACGAAGUUUAAAAUGUAACAAAGAUAUUAUAAAUACUUUACGUUGUAUAUAGAUUUAUAUUCGUAUUAACUUUUCAUUUUGCAACUCUAUCGUUUUUGAUGGUUAUUUAGUUUGAU